GACUAUCCGGGGGGCCUGUGAGAGUGAGAACGCGGAAGAGUGGAAGUGGGAAAUUCAGCCUUAGCAUCCUUUGUUUACCUUCAUGACUGAACCUUGAAAUUUGGUUGCUUCAACAACCACAACCGCGACACUGCGUCGUCGGCUCAACCUAAGCGCACAUAGUGUUAUCGACAAAAUAUUGUUAAGCCGAAUCUGCAACCGUGCUGCGCCACGUUGAGCCUGAAGAGGGCGAUGUCUGACAGCAGCAACAGCACAGGUAGCAGUGCGUCCUCGACCAACAGCUGGACCCUCCUCUCCCCCGAGGAAGCUGCUGUUGAGAAUGUCGGGACUGUGGACGAUGGCACUGAGAGCUUGGGUGAUGUCCCCAGUCUCUCUGAGGAGGUGGCAGGAGCUGCUGGGGAGUUAAGACCAAUUGACAUUACCAUAGAAACUGUCCUGUCUGAGGAAGGUCAUCAGGUGUGUCAAGAGACUUCUCCAGAGUCCAGUGAGGGUCCCAUCCCUUCUAGUCCAUCUCGGUUGAGUCCUCUGCCACACAACCCCCUCGACCCUGCAGACCUCGACUUGGAGAGUCAGCCUCCAAUCAUCCAUGAUAUCGACACCAGCUCACCCAGUGAUAACGAGAACCUCGGAGCCAUACCCUUUCUCACCAGCAUGGAUUUGGAUAUUCCGCUUAAUAUUCCUGCUGCUGAAUUCCACCUAUCUGAGUUUGAGGAGUCCUGCUCUGCGUCUCUCAUGACCGACACUCCUGUCUCUACAACAUCAGUUUUUGACACACCUGCUGAUGUAUGUCAGAUUCACGUGAGCCCUGCUGACGAGAGUCCAAUCUUCACAGAUGAACCUGAGGUUAACAUCACCACAGAGACCAUCACAGCCAUUGAUGCUCCCUCUCAUGUUGACGCAGACGUCAGCUUUGCUCCAGAAAAAACACAUCUGCCAAACCCAGUUUCAGAGAGCCUGUUGACAGAAGAACCCACUGAAGAAACUCCUGCACCAGAGACUGUUCGUGCACUCGAGCAAGAGGAGGAGGAGGAGGUGGUGGAGGAGGAGGAGGGGGAGACAGAGGAGCAGGAUGAGGCAGCAAUGGAAAAGGAGGCAACCGACACAUGGGACACAGAAAACCAGGAUGAGAGACAGGAAGAAGAAGAAGAAGAAGAUGAGCCGUCAACUAGUUUGGAUUCCAGAGACACCAGUGGCUUCGAUGACGGACUGAGGAGAAGAAAUGUCCCCUACUUUGACGCUCCAAGACCAAGAACCUCAGAUGAGGAGGAUGAGGAAGAGGAAGUGGAGUUUAAGGUGGCUGAGAAGAAAGAAAAGCCAUGGUUCUCACUGAACAAAUGCAUUGUGGGAGCUCUGGUGCUGCUCUUUUUAGGUUCCCUCUUCCUGUCAGGUAUCCUGUCUGACCUGGAUUAUGGUGACUUUGACACCUCUGAACUGAGUAAUGGAGAACAAAGCCAGGACUGGCUUAGUCAUGAUCCACAGGAUAUGAAAGACUUAUUGGAUAAACUGACUCAGGAAAACCAACACAUUGCUCUGCUGGAGGCUCAACUAAAGUCCCAGAAAGAAGAACUCGAUUCAGCUCUGAAGACCGUAACUGAAAGUGGUGAUGAAAACAGAAAAUCUGAUAUAGAAAAAGAAAAUGCAAAGUUGAAGGAGGAGUUGUCAAUUCUGCCUGAACUGAGGAAAGAGUUGGAGACUCUGAGGGCAAGAGUGACCGAACUCAACCAGCUCACAGCUGAUCAAAACAUCCCUCCAGUUACUCCAGGUUCAUCCCCUCAGUCCAGGGACAAAGAUGGUCAGAGUACCCAAAAAGUUGGACCUGAGAGGAAAAAGGAAACAGAUGAGGGAAGCAGCCUGAAGCAUGAACUCCAGAGACAGAAGGUUCUUUUGGAGGAGAGCAGAAAGAGGCUGGAGGGGAUGAAAAAAGAUGGAGGCAGCCGAAAACAAGUGAGGGAUAGUUUGGAGGGGAUCCAGCAAAGGCUGUCUGAACAAGUGGAGAGAUGGGGCAAAAAGAAGCCACAGGAUUUCAAAUGGAAAGGCACCAAAGGCAAAAACACUGAGCGGGACCACUGGAAGAAAGACGAGAAGAAAGAGUGGAAGCACAGCAAAGAGGGAGGGUGGAAGGACAAGGAGGAGAAGGAGAGGAAGCCUCAGAAGCAAAACUCGCACAAAGAGGCGUGGAGGAAACACCAGGACGAGUGGGAGAGGAAGAAGGAUGAGCGCAGAGUGGACAGAGAGGAGAGGAGGAAGGAGAAACCAUGGCACAACCAGCCUAGUGAAAGCUCUCACCAUCACCAGCACCAGCACAAGCACAAGCAUCAGCAGCCCCGCCGCACUCUUCACCACAACCACAACGAUUUCUGGGGAGACCAGGAGAAGAAGCUCCGGCGAAACUUCCGCCCCCCAGUGGGCUGCAGCUCCGUAGACGACUGCGCGAGCAAGGAAGGGCUGUACGCAGUGGAGCUGUCCGAGUUCGAGGAGCUGCUGGAGGGCUACCUGAGCAAGCUUGAAGGGUCUUCACCCGAGAACAAGGACAAGAUCCGAAAGCUGACUGCAGAGUUCUUUGAGGGCGGCGUGUUUAUCCACGACAGAGUUCCUUUCAGCGACUUUGCUGAGGACGUAGCUGACAUUCUGGAGGACAUGGCGGAUGUUUUAGAGGGCAAUGGGCAAAAGGACAGUGACUCCCUGGAGGAGGAGAUGGAGGAGUUUGAACGAGAAGCCCUCUGGAAGUUUGCAGCCACAGCUUAAAAAGAGACAUACUGGGAAGGGAGUACAAUACAACACUAAGACAUGGGACAUGCGGUGGUUUUCUAGGACUUCUCUUGCUUAGCCUCUUCUCUUCAGAGCUGUGAUUGUAGUAACUUCUGGUACAGAGAGCUUGUGCCUCUCAUAAAUGUGACCCUCCGAGUCUAUAAUUGUAAGCUUGUACUUGUCAUUCUGGACUUAGUUGUCAUUAGCUACCUCUGUCAGGUCUUGUGUCCUAAUGCAAAGUUCCUCAGUAAUGUGUUGUGUGGAUUUCCCUCUGCUUUAUAGUGUUUGCAUGUUGGAGUUCAUGGUGUAAAAAUCAAACUGAUAAUAUACAGGUUACACACAAAUGGGGUCAUAUGGAGAUAGUAUUUGCAAAUAAUGAUUUCAUUGGGUUAAAAUAGUGGACAUUUUGUUUAAUAAGUUGAAAGACAUGCAAAUUUGGUACUUCUUUUUUCCUCCUCCUCCUCCUCCUCCUCCUCCUUCCUUGUUUGGGAAUACAGCCUGCCUUUACUGCAAACAGGUCAAAACAAAAGCUUAGAGGAGUUUUUGCAGAUACUAUCCCACCUCGUUUUGGGUGUAACUGUUUGAUCCCAGAGGAUCACAAAUGAGAUCAAGUCAGACCAGUUUUGUGGCAGCCGCUCCCGAGGCAGAGCGCAUCGUUUCAGAGCCCCAAGUGUUUGACUUCUACGUUUUAAUGCUCAACUCCCAACUGCCGGUUGACAGCAGAUGGGUGGAAAAAACACGAACCACUUUGUGCAACUGCUAAAAAAAAACAAAAAACAAAGAAAGAAAGCAACAGGACAGCCUGAUUUAUUUAUGAACAGCCAUAUUAAUUACUGCUAAACCACUUUAGCACUUUUCUCAAAUAUUCACGUUUACUGCCGUUUUAUUUCCUCAUGAUUUCAUUUCUAUUUAGUUCCUUUCAUAUUUUGUAAAGUAGCCAUGGGGACGUCCAUCACAUGGUCUGCAUAUACUGACUUGAGUCAUUUAAUUAAUCCAAAUGAGAUGAGAUCAUUUCCAUUUAGUAAGGUGAUGCAAAUUCAAGUUAUUCUUUACAGAAAGAAGAAAGAAAGAGCUGCUAUAUUUUAAUUUUUUCUGAGCUGAAUAAGAGCAGCAAAAAAUCAAGAAUGGUGCAAAAUAAUAUCUAUAGCAUGCAGCGUUACAUUUUAGUGGAAGUAUAAUAAUUAGGUUCAUUUCUCCUUUUUUUUUAAUCUUAAUCUUGAAAAUAUCCCACCUUCGGUGAAUGUGAAUGUGAAGUUGAAAUCGACAUGUUGCGAUUGUUGUUCUUUUCAGUGAUUGACAGAAGCUAUGACGUGUUAAAUGUUUAUUUAAGCUGUACAAUGACACUGCAACUCAUUUCCUUUUUCUGUAACUAGAAGAACCAGCCUCGGUUGCAGACCAUAAAACAAUAAUACGUGUGGAAGAGGUGAUGUUUUCCGAUAGCUUUCAGUUAAAGUUUGCCAGCUACUGCAUAUGUGCCUUUAUUACAACAAACAUCUUCGAGUGAAGACGUUGUUUUAGUUUCAUUUGCUUGUGCAAAGGGAGAAGCAAAGUGUGCGAGUCGUACUGUGGUUGUGUGGCAGAGUAUGAAUGUUUAAAGAUGUGUGGAACAGAUUUUGCUGUUUCUACAGGGGAACUUUUUUGUGUGACAAGACCAAAGGGAUCAAAAGAAGGUUUGACUGGAACAGACGAAUCCUGAAACACAUUUAUGAAUCAAUAUUUGAGACAUCUUUGUCUUUUUGGGACGACAGCAGGACUCUGCAUUUACUUAUAUUGUGCUUCAGAUGUGCAUGCCAUCGAUCCCUGGACAAAUGUAUUGAUACAUUUGGAUGGUUUCUGUUUUUUCCCCUUCAUCAAUUAUAUCCUCUUUUAGGAAGUCAGUGUUAAGUUCAAUAAAGACUUUGCUCUCA